GGGAGAAACUUCCCUCAGUCCUCCUCUCCUGUUUUCUUUCUCCCAAAUUUUUUCCGACACCUUAAUAUUUCACUUAUCUGAGGAGCAGCCGCAGCGACUGGUACCCCCGUUAACAGGCUGGUACUGACCGGACUCUGUUUUUUUUGUCCUUAUUUCUGGUCUCUCAGGAGGGUUUCCUGCCGGGUUCGUUCAGGACAUCGGGUGCAACUGGAGUGACUCGACCAAGUUACCCCCCCCCUCCCCCCUCUACACACUCACCUCUUCUCUCAUUCUGCCUGAGGAAUGAGAGGACCGCUAGAGAGGAAGAGCUGAAACUGAAUGAACAAAAGAGACGAAAGCGAGGGUAUUGCCCCCGGAAUGGAGGAAAAUACGGUGCCAGGAGCAACAUCUCCCCACUCAGAUCUGAACCCAAACCCCACUAGGCCUGACCCAGAGGGGGAGAGCAGCCCCCCGAAGACAGACAACACCCAGAGAAUGGAGUCUCCGGCUAAGAAGGCUACAGACCGAAGGUUGACUACCCCCAGAAAAUCUGACAUCAUCCCUCAAUCACCCGGAUCACCUACAUCACCUGUCCCCAGGUCAAAACAAGACAUUAUGAAGUCAGAGGAGAGGCAGAAGCUUGCCAAGGAGCGGAGAGAGGAAAAGGCCAAAUAUCUGGAAGAGCUCAGCAAGUUACAAGCUGCCAAAAAGACCCAGUGGCUGGAGAAGGAGGAGAAAGCACGGCAGCUGAGGGAUCAGCAGCUGGAGGAGCGCCGCAGGAAGCUUGAAGAGCAGCGGUUAAAGGCAGAAAAACGGCGAGCAGCCCUGGAGGAGAGACAGAAGCAGAAACUUGAGAAGAACAAAGAACGCUAUGAGGCAGCCAUCCACAGGUCAACCAAGAAGACGUGGGCUGAAAUCCGCCAGCAACGAUGGUCAUGGGCUGGUGCCCUCAGCCAGAACUCCAGCCAGAAAGAAAGCAGAUGCUCUGUGUCAACGGUCAACCUGCCCAAACACGUGGACUCUGUUAUAAACAAGCGACUCUCCAAGUCCUCCGCCACGCUCUGGAACUCCCCCAGCAGAACCCGUAGCCUUGCACUGAGUCCAUGGGAGAGCAGUAUAGUUGAUCGGCUGAUGACACCGACCCUGUCUUUCCUUGCCAGAAGUCGCAGUGCUGCCAGUGUCCUCAGCAAUGGCAAAGAUGGUCACUCUCCUCUCUGCCCCCGUUCGGCCUCAGCCAGCCCUCUCACCCUGUGCGCCCACCAGCCCCACCACCGCUGCUCUGACCGCUGGAGGGUGACGUCCAGCACCCCAGACAUCACCCAGCGCCAACACAGACGCAGCUCUACACCCAUGGAUAAAAACAAGAAAGAAAAGAGAGACAAAGAACGGGAGAAUGAGAAGGAGAAAAGUGCCCUCACUAAAGAGAAGGUGCUCAAGAAGAGACAAUCUCUACCCAGUAUGAGACACAGACCUGAUCCAAGUCCUAGUCCUUUAUCCAGACAACGGCCAUCAUCCCCAGCCACACCCAAGGGCAGGACUGCUUCCCCAAGCCCUGCUGCGUCCCCCAAGCCUCCAUCGACACGUGGAAGCACGUCGACUCCUAAGGGCCGGCCCAAACGAGCUAGGACGCCUGCCAGGAUAGACCACCGAACCUCUUCCCCUGUUUGCCUUGAGAGAGUGAAGGAGCCUCGCAGGCCUGCCACCCCUGAGGAGAGAAAGAGUUCUCCUGUGGUUCCUUCCAUAGUAGUGUCCUCAGCUGCUGCCUCACCCCAUGCAUCGAGCCCACCAGUUGCAACCACAGCCACUUCCUCCUCACCCGAGCCGACCCACUCAGUCUCACUGGCACCCUCUCCGUCAACUAAGCCCAUGGCAGGCACAAACGACCCAGAGGAGGCAGCGCGCAUCCUGACAGAGAAACGCCGGCAGGCCCGAGAGCAGAGGGAGAGGGAGGAGCAGGAGCGGCGCGAACAGGAGGAGAAGGAGAGGAUCCUGAGAGAGGAGCGAAUAGCGAGGGAGGCUGAGGAGAGGCGGCGCAGGGAGGAGGAGGCUCGUGCCAUGGCGGAGGAGCAGCAGAGAAGAGACGAAGCCCAGCGGGUGCAGGAGGAGAAGGAGGCCCAGGAGAAAGCCAAGGCCGAGCAGGAGGAGAACCUACGCCUGCAAAAACAGAAAGAAGAGGCUGAGGCUAAAGCCCGGGAGGAGGCGGAGAAGCAGCGUCUGGAGAGGGAGAAACAUUUCCAGAAGGAGGAGCAGGAGAGGCUGGAGAGGAAACGGCGUCUGGAAGAGAUCAUGAAGAGAACACGCAAGACAGAUGGGGGCGACAAGAAAGAGACAAAGUCCUCCCCACUUGCACUCGUCAAUGACAAAGAGGCAGAGAGCAGCAAAGCAUCUGCUGACUAUCAGCCAAAGCCCGAAGUCAAUGUGCCCAAUAACAACACAGAAAAUGGACAGACUGUCAAAGAAAGCAGCCCCUCAGUCCAAGUGGUCAAUGGGGUUCAGCCUACUAGACAUGAAAAUGGUCUGUCCACUAAAGGAGACACUGCCCACUUUGAAGAUAUCAUCCAUCUCACCAAUCAUGGCAACACCACUAACGCAGCACGGGAUAAGUCUGAGACCAGCAUGACCACCGAGCCGAUACUCACAUUUGACAGUGAGGAGUCAUUCAUGAAAAAGGCAGGCCCCAUGAAGCCUCAGCAUGUUGCAGAGGUUCUGUGACAUGUUCCAGUGUUGAAGUUCUUGUCGCCUUUGGCCACUGACCUUACACAGCCCUAUCAACACUCGCAUGGGGAGCCCUAUGACCUGUGCCAAUCAACAACCUUCUUCUAAGCUCCUAAAAGCAAACACAUCUCUGAAGAUAAAGUGGGCCACAGAAGAUGACAACUAACCAUCAGGACAGAAGAGAGAAAGACGUAACAGCAUGAAAGGUGUUGCUACAUGCAACUCAGGUGCAUCAGUGUUUUGUAAAGAUCUUUGUGGCAUCAAUUCCAGGCACCUUAUUACUUGACAGUAUCAUCCUUUGUACACUGCAGUACAGCUGAGUAAUUAUUAUGAUAAGGUGAAAAAGAAGUGUUUGUUUUCUUUGUUCUUUAGUUAUUUAACUGAAAGAGAACUAUAAAAGACUGGGUACAUUUUUUUGUGAAUAAUGUAAAUGAACUUUGUGUGUCAGACAAAGUAGGAAAGGGUUUGUGGAUUAAAUUUGUAUGAAAGGGAGUCAUUUUAUGCUACUCUGCUAUGAGUAGGCCUAAGUAAAACCCAGGUAUUAUACAACCUGGUCUGUAAAAAGCGACCUGUAACAGUUUUUUUGUAAAGCUGAACUGAGAAAUCUGGAGAGACUUUUGAAAUGUAAGCUCACUUGCAAUGGCUUCUUCCUCUGUGUAAACAUACUUUCUGUUCAUACCUAAACCCCAGCUAUGAUUGAUUGUAUGCAGAAUUGGAUGUAAUGAGAGUUCAACCUUGACAAUUAAGAAACCAGAAGUCAUCUAAGGUCAAAUCACUAAAAACGGAUUUAGUCCACUAUUUAACAGUUUUCACAUGUGCAAGCAUGACUCAGUUUUCUCUCAUUGCAUUGAGAUUUCAGACAUGUAUGUAUUGGAAAUGCUGGUCCGUGUAAAUGCUCUAAAUAUAUUUUGAUGUCCAUAACAAGAUCAGUGGGAGUAUCUUAAGUCUUAUUAAAGACAUGCUGUCCAGUC